AUGAAAUUAGUCAAAGCGAUUUCGACUUUACUGGUGAUAACGCUGUGUUUAGUUGAGGCGGAGCAACGUGAGUUGCGGUUGCUGGGACUCUUACCUAUGUCUGGGAACGGUUCGACCACUGGAAGAUCAUGCCUUCCAGCUGUACAGAUGGCGGUUAACGAUAUUAAUGUACGGGAAGAUAUACUUGCAGAUUAUCAUCUGACGUAUAAAUGGACUGAUAGCAAAUGUAACUUCGGAACUCCAGUAAAUCGAAUGUUUGAAGCAUUUUGUAAUGAUCCACCUUAUGUCAUCUUGCUAGGAGAUGGAUGUUCGGUCGGAUCAGAGGCUACUGCUCAAGUUUCACAUCUCUGGAACCUAACACAGUUUUCCUAUAGUUCGCCGUCGCCAAUCCUGUCGGACAGAAACCGGUUUCCUUACUUUUUUCGAAUAGGAACACCAGACCAGAAGAUGAAUCUUGCAAGAAUAGCGUUGAUGAGAGAAUUUGACUGGAAGAAAGUGGCAACAAUACACCAAGCGUUAGAAUUCUUCUCCGUGGCAUUCAAGGUCGGUCUCUAUGGUCCAAAGAUAGUCUGGGUUUUUGCCGGAUGGUAUUCCACUAAUUUCUGGCGCGAGAAUCUGGACGAAGUGGAUUGUACCAAAGAGGAGAUGGAAGAAGCAGGAGAGGGUGCAUUCUUUACUGGACCAGUAUUCAAAAACCCGAUAGAAGAGAGAGGAGUAGCAGAUCUUACAGCUAAGGAAUUUGAAGAGCGGUAUUAUAGCCACCCCACAUACAAUGCGCUAUACAAAGACACUGACAUUGUUGCCCAUCAGUGCUAUGACCAUAUUUGGAUAGCGGCCCUCGCUUUAAACUGUUCCGAUGCGAGACUUAAACAAAUAGAAUAUCCAAAAACGCUUGAUAUGUUUACAUACCAGGAUUCCGAUAUCAACGAUAUUAUUUUCGACUGUAUGUCAAAGACAAACAUAACAGGCGUGUCAGGAAGAAUUGUUCUCUCCACAGAAGUUGAUCCUGAUAGAAUUUUGAAAAUAGAGCGUAUACAAGGUGGGAAGCGGCAUUUUGUUGGAAUGUAUAGACAAGACAUGGAUCCAUCAUAUUUCGACUGGAUAGAGGGUGCUAUUUUGUGGAAAGAUGGCAUUAUACCAAGAGACUCUACACUCAUCUUAGAAAAAGAAAAAGAUAUACCACCGUACCUAUUAGCAGUGAUGUCAUCAUUUUCUGGGCUCGGCAUUUUCUUAAGUGUGGUUUACAUGAUGAAAAAUGGUGUAGAAGUACGCCCAUUUGUCCGUGUGUGCGAGUCCAAAUACUCUCAAUAUUUUGAAUGGGCUUUGUACAUUACACAAGGUGCUCUUCUUACGUUCGGAGCAUUUCUAGCAUGGGAAACCAGAAAGGUAAAAAUAGAAGUACUAAAUGACACACACGAGAUUGGACUUUGUAUCUACAACGUGGUUAUUUUAAGUGCAGUGGGCCUGAUCAUGACGUUACUGAUGGAGGACAAAGAUGCCUUGGUGUACGUUAUUACAUCCGGUUGUAUUCAGAUUGGAACAACUUUUAUAGAGAUUGUCAUUUUCGUACCUAAGGUUGCAAAUGGUUUCAUGAUGUGA